ACAUUGUUGUUCUUGAGAGUCACCGCCGGCUGCAUUGCAUUGGCAUCGGCUGGCAUGGAGAUCGAGUCGGCCAAGUGCGAGUGCUGCGGGCUGCGGGAAGACUGCACCGGGGAGUACAUAGCCGGCGUGAAGGCGGACUUCGGCGGGCGGUGGCUCUGCGGGCUGUGCUCGGAGGCGGUGAGGGACGAGGUGGCCGCCAAGAAGCGGGGCGACCUGGAGGGCGCCGUCAGGGACCACAUGUCCUUCUGCGGCAAGUUCGGCAAGAAGGCCCCGGCGUUCCGCGUCGCCGACGGCAUGCGCCAGAUGCUGCGCAGGCGCUCCAGCGACAUCUCCACCCCCUCCGCCGCCUCCUGACUCCUGAGGACGACGACGACGCCGACGCCGACAAAGGAGAAGAAGGCUGCUUGCGUCGAGCACUAAGCGAUGGGCCUCGCGGCGAAGAUUUUGCUGCCGCGCCGGCCGGUGAUCCUUGACAAGGGCAGGUGCCCUUCGUAGUUCUUGUCACUGUGCUACCCGGCUGCGGGUUAGUGCCAUUGACUCGGCUUUACCUCCAGCUCCGGCUCCGGUGGAGGAUCCGGAGUGAGGUGUGUCAAGUGAAGCCUUCUUAGGCCUGGAAGAAGGCGGCUUCUUGAACGUUCAAGUUUUGGUUGUACUAGUAAGAUUGAGGGGGCAUGAUUUAAUUUGUACAAGGAGAGGUUGAUAGAAUUCGAACCACUGUCACAA